AUGAAACAUUGCCUACCUGGCCGGGCAACACAUGAAAAUGAGUGCAAACUACUACGUCGUGUGAUGGACUGCCAGAAGCUGUCAAUGGACAUGCAUGCACGCACCCCAAAAUGGGCGGCUGUCACUAAACGUAGUGGUCCAAGUCUUCUUCACGGAGCAGGUCAAGAUCAGCAAUGCACUCGCCACAUCAUCUCUCAAGGACCCCCUGGUGGGUCCUACUACCAGGCCCUCAUCCCCAACCGGCUAACCCUGUUGAAGGGCAACCUUAGUCGUUCCAAGAGGGUUGGGUCAUUACCAAGAAGGACAUCAACACCCUCAAGUUCGUGCUCGACAUUGUGA